UGCUUUUUCCUCCGCCCGGUCCCUCCAUCAUCAGCUAUUCGUCUGCCUCUUCGCCUCAUCCCUUCUUUUAUUUUUUUUUCUUUAUUUUUUUUCUCCUCCUUCCCCCCACCCAUUCCACGUUUUUGGAGCUCUUUUUUCUUUUCCCCCCUCCAUCCAUCCAGCACUCCCCACCUCCCCUCCCUCUCCUGCUUUUUUUUCCCAUGGUCUGGCUGUCGUUUGCCCCCCCCCUCCGGCCCCCCACCAGCGGUAUUGGUAUUCCCAGCGGAGAUCCCCCUCCAUCGAUCUACUGGCUCUCGCAUUGGGUGUGUCUCUGAAAGCGCAUCUGUGCGUUUUCCAGAAGAUCUGGCGAGUGGUUUUCUCUCCCUCCCUCCCUCUCUCUCUCUCUCUCUCUCUCUUUUUUUUCCUUCUUCCCUUCUUCACCUUUCAGACUGUUUCAUAGGAAUCCACUCCUGGUUGUUCUCGACAGUUUGUACCACCUGGUGUUCCUCCUCACCAACCCUCCUGCCUCUCCACCGCUCGGAAGAGGUUGACCGAUUGUGGGGGAUGGUCUAGAUUGCUUCUGAUGGGCCCUAGGGAGGAAAACCCCAGGAUCCGCUUUUCUGUCUGAUGCUACAGUGGUUUUUGUGGAUCCUGAAUUCCAGAAUCUCCCUUCAGCGAUGGCCUCCUAAAACCGAGAAGACCUCAGCAAGUCUAAUUGAGGACUCUGAAAGUCCCUCAGCCACCAUGAAUGGAAUAUCACCAUGCCUUCAUGGCCACCUGCAGUUGGGGAUCCACCGUCUGGUUGUCUUCUGCCCAUAAGUCCCCACUGAUCAACCCAGACCAUCCUAGACUUCUCAACCAAAGAAUUCAGGCCUACACAUUUGUCUAUCCUGAACUUGUGACAUGGAAAGCGGUCCCCAAAUGUUUGUCUCCUGCUGCUGAAGAAGCGAGAAGACUCACCACCAUGAAGUUCUUCUAGGAACUUAGCAUGUUUGGUCCUCGCCAAAGAAAGAUCAACUGGCUGUCCUUCGGCUCUACAAAGCCCUUAGAUUGUCUGUGGCGCCACCGGAUUCCUCGACGGACCUCGGAAAAUCCAUAUCUUCUGAUAUUCCAGGGCUCCAACUCGAUCUCCAAUUCUCUGGACCUCCAACUAGACAACACAGAGCCUUGAGGAACAUCUACAGAUAACUCCUGGACCAUUGCUUUGUUUGUAGUUGGAAGACUUUUUUGGGUGGGGGAGGGGUGUUUCUUAUAUACUAGGAAGAGCAGUGAAUGAAUCUGUGCUCGGAAGAUUCCACAGGCUCGUGUGCCCAGGCGGAUUUUAUUCACGCCCAUUUUUUGCACUGUUACGCCCGCGACUUUUUUUCUAAACUUUUAAUAUAAUCGCCGUCGCAUAUAAUCAUUAGCGCUAAAUGUCGGGCUCACCCUACCGCUAGUUUCUUCCUGCUUCAGGACCUUGGAGGCUGCCGAGAAGCCACCUGAUUCCUCCUCGGUGCUCCCGGGAGUUGAUGAAAGCCAACGAAAGCCAAACAAGACGGCAUUAGCAAAAUUGGAAUUUGCAAGUUCAGCCGAAUCGGAGGCGGCCGGCCAGAGAAGGGAAGAACGGCUUGCCAGAUCGAUGUCUGGCUGUCCAGAGGGAGCCAUGGAGGACUGAAGCCGGUCUGGGGUGGAGCAGAGCCAUGUAGAAACGAUUUCGACGGGCCGGAGAAAUGCACACGGGGACUCGGAGGUAACUGCAGCCCGACUGGCCGGGGAGAAACAUUACAUGAAUGUCCAACGGAGGCAGAUUUGAGUUUGAUGAUGGAGGCUGUUAUGUGGGUGACUGGGAAGAAGGCCGGGCACAUGGCUACGGGGUGUGCACAGGCCCGGGCGCCCAGGGGGAGUACAGCGGGCGUUGGAGUCGCGGCUUUGAGUCUCUGGGCGUCUACACUUGGCCCAGCGGGAAUACCUACCAGGGCUUCUGGAGUCAAGGCAAGCGCAGCGGCCUGGGCGCGGAACGGAAGAGCAAAUGGAGUUACAAGGGGGAGUGGUGCCACGGGCUGAAGGGCCACUUGGGCAUCUGGGAAAGCCACUCGGGAGUCGUCUACGAAGGCAUGUGGCGCGAAGGUCUUCAGGAUGGCUACGGGAUGGAGACUUACGCGGAUGGAGGUACUUACCAAGGCCAGUGGCAGUCUGGCAAGCGUCAUGGAUAUGGAGUACGCCAGAGUGUCCCGUACCGUCAAGCCACCCUGGUGCGCUCCCCACACCGGACCUCCCUGGAGUCUCUCCACAGUGAGGCAGAUCACAAUGCCCCUGUGGUACCGCUGCCUCCUCCUUCGCUGCCUCCUCCGCCACUCCCUGGGGACAGCCCCGCCUCAGGAUCCAGGGGUGGCUUUGUCUUAGCUUUCCCUGGAGAUCCAGACUUCCCCAAGGGGACCAAGAAGAAAAGCGGAGGGUUCUUCCGGCGUUCCUUGCUCCUGAGCGGGCUAAGAGUGCGGAGAGCCGAGUCUAAAGCCUCUCUGGGCAGCAAGCGAGGGUCCCUCAAGAGCGAGGCAGGGGUCAGUUCAGCGGGAAGCGAGGCCACCACUCUCAGCUAUGCCGAGACCGAACCUCCUGAGCUGCCUUCAACUCUGACCAUUGAAGGUUCUUCCACCGAGGUCUACGCGGGAGAAUGGCGGGCCGACCGGCGCAGUGGCUACGGGGUGAGUCGCCGCUCCAAUGGGCUGCGGUACGAGGGCGAGUGGCUGGGGAACCGCCGACAUGGGUAUGGGCGCACCACCUAUCCCGACGGUUCCAAAGAAGAAGGGAAGUACAAGCUCAACCGGUUGGUGAGCGGCAAGGUGAAGAACCUCAUCCCGCUUCGACGGAGCAAAGUUAAAGAGAAAGUGGACCGAGCAGUGGAGGUGGCCCGGAGAGCGGUCAGCAUGGCUCGUCAGAAGCAAGAAUUAGCCAUCGCCAGGGCUGCAGAUGCUCGUCUGAAGGCGGCCGCUGCCCUCGGGGCAGCCGAAAAAGCGCUAGAAGCUUCCCGUUUGGCCAAAAUUUUGGCUCAAGAACUACAGCCCAUUCUAGCCGAUUCAGAGCCGCGGGGCCGGUUAGAUUCGGAAGGCACCGACACCGAUUUCCAUGAGUACGACAGUCCCCAUGUCUACGAGAACGGCAUCACCCCUUCCGACGUUACCCCGGAUCCGAGCUUACCGCCGAGUUACCCUCCCACUCCGCUGCAACCCUGGCGGGGGGACCCUCGGCGGACUUGGCCUCCCUUGGAGAACGGGGGUCCUCGCCAGCUCUUCCCCGAAGCCUCGGAUGUAGAGGAGGAGUGGGGUUCGCGGGGUAGUUUCCCGUCUCGGACACCGCGGCUCGUUCCCGAGGGGUUGUGGGAAGGCGAGGAGGAACAGGGGCAGCUGAGCAGCUACGAAGCCGAGGAAGAAGAUUACGAGAGGGUCCCUCAGCACCCUCAGCCGGGCAGCCCAGCUAGCGGCAGCUCGGGCAGCCUCCGAGAAGAGGAGGAAGAAGAGGAGGAAGAACGGAACGCUUCUAAGACUUAUCCCGGGGGGAACCAGGACAAUACGGUACCCUUGGGAAUUCCGGUUGACACAGAACCGAAGAACGAGGAAUCGUGCAGGUCUUCUCGUCUGCUGGAGGGACCAGAGAGUCUACAAGCAGUCCAAAGGGGGAGACAGGGGUCUCACUUGCUGGUCGUGGCGGCCGUCCUGUUGGUUGACGUGAGUCUCGCUUACCUAUUCUCCCUCCUCCUGGCUUGAGACGGGAUGACGGAGGCUGAAGGAGCCCUUUGUUUCCCCCCCCCCGUCUCCCCUACCCCGUUUCCUCCACUUCCUCCUCCUCUUCCUCCCCCACCCCAAAUAGAAGUUUGAUAACAAACUUUGAUCUCUUCCUCUCCUUCUCUCACCCGCUCCCCUCUAUCUCUUUUUUCACAUGUCUUUACUCACCCGCAGCCGUGACUCCGGCUGCCUCUUUAAAACUAUAAACUUUCUAGAUCGUUUACAUAUAAAGGGCUCUCUUUCUACUGGCGAUUGCUGCUUUCGCCCCCCACCCCAAAUAACGAACAUCUCCUUUUUCCUGCUUCAUUCAUUCGUUCGUUUUAUUUUCUUCUUUUUCAUCCUUCCCCUUUUUUUUCCCCUUCAUUGUGGAACCGUUGGGCACCGAACGGUGAAAUUUAUUAAAUAUAUACAUAUAUACGGUAUAUAUAUAUAUAUAUAUAUGUUUUCUGAGGUUUUCGCGGGUGUUUGUAUGUAGGUCUUUGGUUAUUCGGGUUUUCUCCUGCGUAAAAUUGGAGGUGUCUUGGCAAUUGCUUGACACAUUGCUCCUAGAAGCACGAAGCCGAAAACACCAGCCUGAAGAUGACGAAUGAGAUUUCGUCGAAACGUUGCCAAGACACCUCCAAUUUUACGCGGGAGAAAACCCGAAUAACCAAAGACAUAUAUAUAUAUAUAUAUAAAGGCACCGGAGUAACAUUGAGCCAAGGUCCAAGGAGAAAUUUUACCCUCCGGAGAAUUAAAUAUUAGGAUGGUUGGAUUAGAGAGAGAACAUCAACAUUCGGUGGGCCGGUUUGCUUGUAACGAAACGACACACACACACACAAAUAUACAAUUCCUACAAAUUGAAGUUGUUAGUUUGGGGGUUCUUCCCUCCGGGCCUUAUAGGAAUACAGCCAGUCCUCAACUUACUACCAGAAUUUCCGUGGUGGCUAAGCAAAGCGGUUUUUGAAUACACCUGAUUUUUGCGGCCUUCUUUGCUGCAGUUGUUAAGUGAAUCGGAUGUUAAGCGAAUCUCGCUUUCUUCCCCUCUCAACGUUGCGUAUCGGAAACCCGGUCGGGAAGUUGAUCCCACGGGAUGGUAUGACUGGCGUAAAUGCAUCCCUGGUGGCUAAGCGCCCGAAUUUCAUUCACGUGACCUUGAGGACAGUCAUAAGUGCGAGGACCAAUCAUAAGUCCAAGAACCGGUCAUAAAUCGCAGUUUUUUUUCAGCGGCCUUGUAAUUUUCAGUGGCCUUGUUCCCGUGACCCUGGGGAUGGUCCUUAAGUGCGAGCACCGGUCCUAUUAAGUCAUUUUUUUUCCCGGCGUCCUUGUAACUUUGAAUAGUCGCUAAACGGAUUAUCGUAAGUCGAGGAUUUCAUGUACAGGCAGGGAGACGGUUCCCAUUUCAACCCACAAAAGGGUGGUUUUUUUCUGCAUUCCGCUUUCUCCGAAUAGACGCGGUGAGAAAAACACCUGUCCGUCUUCAGAAACGGUGCAAAUUUGAGAAAAUGGCAGACAACGCUUUGGUUCCGCUCUCUUAUUUACCUUCCCCUCAUCUUUAAUUCUCCGCCUUUUUUUUUUAAAAAAAAAACGAAACCAAAACACCCUUUUCCUCUCUCUUUGCUUGCUUCUUUUUCCGCCCCCCUUCCCCACGAGGACCACCUUCUCAAACAAAACGACAAAAGGAAAACAACGACGACGAACUAACCGACCAAAACCGGCAAACCCGACCAAAAGAAGCAACGACAAAGCCCACCGUCGCCACGCAUCCGUUUCCUUUUAACGCUUUUAUAAACCCUUUUUCUCGCAGCGUUUGAAUACUUUAAAAACACAUACACACACAAACAAAGAAACAAACAAACAAAAACUUAUAAACUUAUAAACGAGAGAGGGUGAAUGGGAGAUUCCUGACGCCGGGGUUAGGGGGGGAGAGGGAGUGGGGAGGAAGGGGAAAAAAAAGGACUUCGGGGAACACGGGAAUAUAUCGGGUGCGUGCGUGGACAAAAAAACGGUGUUUCUGGACCACGCUGCGGGAUGCCUCUUCGGGGAAACGGAAGGUGGUGGAUAGGCCACAUAUAAAGCAGAGGAUGUUUGCUCUUGGGAGAAUCUCUUCAGGAUGAUUCUAUUCCCGAUUCCUGGGGGGGGUUGCAAAAAAAAAUAAAGAAAUAAUGAAAUGGAGAAAUUGCAAAAAUUUCUGAGAACGAAGCACUUUAAAACAGGCGUGGCGUUUCCCCCCCUUCCCGGCCCCCGUGCGAGAAAAUUCACUGGCCAAGGAAGCAAAAGCUCACCUGAGCCAGGGGCUGUGGGACUUAGGGGGUGGCUGGGUGGGGGGUGGGGAAUAGGAGAGAUAAUAAUUUGCCUUCGAGAGGGUAAGCGUUGACCCCCUAUGGGGGAAAAGACAAAAAAAAAAGACAAAAAAAAAAAACCCCGAACUCAAGAAGCUGUGCCUUUGGAAAGAAAAUGUGCAAUAGAAAAAAAAGCGCCUAGAACGGCCCGGAUCCAAAACGAGACGGAAGAAAAGUUGUUGUUGUUUUUUUUUUAAAAAAAAAUGUAGAUUUUGUUUUGUUUUGUUUUGUUUUCUAGGCUGUGUCGCGUGCAAUACAUAAAACUGCCUUUGGGAUAUAAGCAAGGAGAGGCCAUUAAAAAAAAAAAAAAGGGGCAGAUGUUGUCAAAACGAGGGCUUCGGAGGGCAGGGUCCGGGUGUGGCCCCCUCCCUCAUUUCCGUUUGGUGGGUGCUUGGGAACGACUGUGGAGGCGCAAGAGCCGCAGAACGAGGAAAAAAAGAAGAAGAGGAUGAUGGUGAUGAUGUUGUGUUGGAGGUCCUUUGGUUUAGGAUGGUGUCCAGAGGUGGUAUUCAGCCGGUUCGUAUCGGUUCAGGCGAACCGGUAAUCCACCCGCUCCGGCUCUAUGCUGUCCUAUUUAGGCACGGUUUUGAAGCCGGACGGCGCACACGCGCGCGGGGUGAACCGGGAGCAACAAAAUGUGAAACCCACUGCUGAUUGGUGACCCUUCCCCCCCCCACAAGGAAUCUCUUGUUCGACCCUUUCCUGGAUUUUUGCAUGAGGUUGUGACUGACCCUUUGCUGCGUGCCGUGUAUACCGAGAAUGUCUGUAUAGCCAAGAGAAAAAAAAUAAUAAAAAUAAUAAAAAAAGAGGAAAAAAAAUAAUAUGAAAUAAUCCUACGAAUAAUCAUGAAUAACCCUUCUGUACUGGAUUUUCUACUGCCUGUUACCCCUCCCACCCCCACUCCUUUCCCUUUUUCUUCCUUCCUGUUCCUUCUUUCUUCGUUUGCCUUUUCGACUGGAUAUAUUUCUAAUUUCGUGUCUUUGGGAUUGAGAAAAACAAACAAACAAAAAAAAAUUAAAUAAGUCUUGCAGGAAAAAAAAUAAUUUAAUAAAAUAUAUUCAUUAAAAAAGAACGACGACAAUCCUA